AUGGGUCUGAAAGAUGUUGGUUUCAUUGGCCUCGGCGCCAUGGGAGGUGGUGUAGCCAUCAACCUUGCAAGAGAAGGAUACAACGUCAAAGGCUUUGAUUUGGCACAACCGCUAGUCGAUGCUCUGGUCAACGAGGGCGGAAAGGCAGCAAAGACACAGCAAGAGACCGCCACAGAUGUCGAGUACCUCUGCAUCAUGGUCGCCAACCACUUCCAAACCAGCUCCGCUCUCUUCGACGGCGACAAUCCAGCCAUCAAGGGUCUCGGCCAGAACAAGACUGUCAUUUUGCUGUCAACAACUCCUCCCUCUUACCUCCACGAGUUGAGGCAAAAGCUAGAUGAUGCUGGCAGAUCAGACGUCAAGCUUCUCGACUGCCCCGUCUCGGGAGGCACCAUCCGUGCUGCAAAUGGCACCCUCAGCAUCUUCGCCGCCGGCAAGGAAGAAGAAGUCGAAGCAGCCAAGGACAUCCUAAACACCAUGUCCGGCAACCUCUACCGCAUCCAAGGCGGCAUCAGCAGCGGCACAAAAGUAAAGACCAUCCACCAAUUGCUUGCUGCCACAAACAUCAUCUUGGCUUCAGAAGCCAUGGGUCUCGCCGCCACCGUAGGCCUCAACACCCAAAAAGUAUACGAGCACGUCAAGGCCAACGACGGCACGAGUUUCAUGUUUGAGAACCGCGCGCCGCACAUGCUGCAAGAUGACUGGUCGCCUCUGUCAGCUCUAGGCAUCAUUCUCAAGGACGCGGGUAUUGUGACCGCCACUGCUCGUCAAGGAUACUUCCCCACUCCCCUCGCGGAAUGCGCCGAGCAAUGCUACCUCCAAGGUCUGCAAGCCGGUCUUCUCAGGGACGACGACGCAAAGCUAGUCACCAUGUACAUUCCCUCAUCCUCGGCCUCGCUAGUCAAGGAAAUGGCCACCGCAGACGUCAAAAUGCACUCCAACCACCAAGUCUCCGCCGACACCGUCAACGACUUGCUGGCUGGCGUGCACCUCGCCGCCAGUGUAGAGGCAAUGGCUUUCUGCAAGCAUCUAGGCAUGGACCGCAAACUCAUGUGUGAGAUCAUCUCAAAGGCUGCGGGUUGGUGUGAUAUGUAUACCAAGCACAUCCCUGCCAUGUUGGAGAAGGACGAUUGGAGUCUGGCGAGUUGUGCUGCCGCUGAUGAUGUGAGGAAGAGAUUGGAGGCUGUGGUUGACAAGGCCAGGGCGCUCAAGUACCCUGUUCCUAUGGCUUCGGCUGCUUUGCAGCAAUUCUACUUUGCUGGUCUUAGAGGGUAG